AUGGCUAGCACUACGCUAGCAAUGCGCUCUAUGGCGUCUCCGUCCAUGCUGUCCUCGGUGUCGCGCCGAUCUAUCUCGACAUCGCAGGCUCUGCGCGCGAAGCCCCUUCGCUCCAGUCUAUCUGUUUCACGCGUCGCUCGUCGUGGUUACGCCGAUGCUGCCCCUACUCCCUCCCCUGCUCCUAAGCCCAAGAAGCGAUUCCGUGCUCUCCGCUGGGCCUGGCGGUUGACCUGGCUCAGCGGUCUCGGUUUGACCGGUGCGCUGGCCUACAGCAUCUAUGAGCUGCGCCACCCUGUGGAGCAGACCGAACCCGACCCAACGAAGAAGACUCUCGUUAUCCUUGGUACCGGCUGGGGUUCUGUCUCCCUGCUGAAGAAGCUCGACACUGAGAACUACAAUGUGGUUGUUAUCUCUCCCCGUAAUUACUUCCUGUUCACUCCCCUCCUCCCGUCAUGCACUACCGGUUUGAUCGAGCACCGCUCGAUCAUGGAGCCCAUCCGCAACGUCCUCCGCCAGAAGAAGGCCAGCGUCAAGUUCUACGAAGCUGAGGCCACCAAGAUCGACUACGAGAAGCGUGUUGUGUAUAUUAGCGAUGACUCUGAGAUCAAGGGUGAUAUUUCCCAGACUGAGGUUCCCUUUGACAUGCUCGUGAUCGGUGUUGGUGCCGAGAACGCGACCUUUGGUAUUCCCGGUGUUAAGGACCACUCUUGCUUCCUAAAGGAGGUUAACGACGCCCAGAAAAUCCGUAAGCGCAUUAUGGACUGUGUCGAGACCGCUAUGUUCAAGGACCAGAGCGACGACGAGGUGAAGCGCCUGCUGCACAUGGUUGUCGUUGGUGGUGGCCCCACUGGUGUCGAAUUCGCCGGUGAGCUGCAGGAUUUCUUCAACGAUGACCUGAAGAAGUGGAUUCCUGAGAUCCAGGACAACUUCCAUGUGACUCUUGUUGAGGCUCUGCCUAACGUUCUGCCCAUGUUCUCCAAGCAACUCAUUGACUACACUGAAUCGACCUUCAAGGAGGAGUUGAUCACCAUCCGUACCAAGACUAUGGUUAAGAACGUGACCGACAAGACCAUUGAGGCCGAGGUGACCAACCCCGACGGAACCAAGUCCCUGGAAACCAUCCCCUACGGCCUUCUCGUCUGGGCCACCGGUAAUGCUGUUCGCCCUGUUAUUCGUGACCUUAUGGGUCAGAUCCCCGCUCAAAAGGACUCCCGCCGCGGUCUUGCCGUGAACGAGUACCUGGUUGUCAACGGUGCCGAGAACGUUUGGGCUGUCGGUGACUGUGCCAUUACCAACUAUGCCCCUACUGCCCAGGUCGCUGGUCAGGAGGGUGCUUUCCUGGCUCGUCUCUUCAACACCAUGGCCAAGACCGAUGAGAUUGAGAAGGAGCUUACCAGGCUCUCCAACCAGCAGUCUCUGGUCAAGACCGACGAGGAGCGCAACCAGAUCUUUGAUGAGAUCCGUGAGCGCCAGAAGCAGCUACGCCGCACUAAGCAGAUUGGACCCUUCCAAUACUCCCACCAGGGUAGCUUGGCUUACAUUGGCAAGGAGCGUGCCGUCGCCGAUAUCAGCUGGCUGAGCGGCAACAUUGCUAGCGGUGGUACCCUGACCUACCUUUUCUGGCGCAGUGCCUACCUGAGCAUGUGCUUCAGCUCCCGCAACCGUGUCCUCGUCGCCAUGGAUUGGGUCAAGGCCCGCGUCUUCGGCCGUGACGUCUCCCGGGAGUAA